GAGCUGGUGAGACUUCUGCAGCAGACUUUGAGGACCUCCCAGUGUGAAAGGCUGCCACUGCGCCGUCCACCCCCGAUCCCAGGUUCAUCUGCUGCUUCAGACCAGACUCAAGGUCCGGCAGUUAGCAAGGAAGAGGCCGCUCAGUGGGAGGCCCUGCUUCAGGAAAAGGACGGACAGGUUCAGUCCCUGUGCGGCCACAUGGAGCGUCUCGCCCUGGAGAAGGAGAGUCUGCAACAGGAGCUGAAGGGCCUGAAGAUAAAGGUGGGGGAGAUAAACGACCAGCUGGGCAUGCUGAUGGAGACCAUCCAGGCCAAGGACGAAGUUAUCAUUAAACUGUCGCAGCAGAGCUCCGAGCAGAGCUGCAAUCCAGGCAACGGGUCACCACCUCCCAACAGAGACCAGCAGGAAGUGGACAUCCUCAAGGACAGUCUUGAAGGCUACAAAUCCCAGAACAAGUUCCUGAACAAAGAGAUCCUGGAGCUGACAGUAUUACGCAGGAACGCGGAGAGCAGGGAAAAGGCUUUAGAAGCAAAGUACACGGCCCUGGAAGCCAAGCUGUGCCAGGUGGAGAGUAAGUAUCUGGUGCUGCUUCAAGAAGUGAAGAUGCCAGUAUGUUCGUCCUCAGAGCAGAGUCCAGCCCGAGAGGUCAUCUCAAGAUUACUGGAGGAUGCGCUGCAGGCAGAGAGCUCCGAUCAGCAAGAGCACCCCAUCUUUAAACCCAAUACUGUCAG